AUGUUAUUUCAAUUCUUGAUUUUUUCAUACAUUUUCACGUUAGAAGCUAGUUAUCUAAGAUCUUACUCUUCGGAUCAAAUAAAUGCAUUCAUCGAUUCUGCUGCAGAACUCAAUCUUACAUCAGUUUGUCGAUCCAGUCUUCGUAAAAUACAUGCUUUCUUAUUCGCUUAUGAUACAAUUCAAGAUCAGCGUGAUUUCUUCUAUCAAUCUUACGCCAGUUCUGAAGACGAGAAAUUCUUAUUGAGCAGAGAUCGAAAUCAUUGGCACUAUCGUUUCACACAAUGCAUCAAAGUUUCCGCUGAAACAGAAGCAAGUGCAUCCGAAUAUCCAUUCAUAUACUGCAAUGCUUAUAAAAAUUUGCAAAGUAAUUCAUCUGCAAUUGGUUUAUGCUUACCUGCCCCUUGUUUCCAAGAUAAAUUACAACUCGUACAUCACUGGCAGAGAAGUACAGGUAUGAGGCCUGAAAAUGCAACAGUUCAUGAUAUGAGGCUUGGAAACAUGACAGCUUAUGAAACAGUAAGUUGCAGCAGAUCGAGAUAUGAAAAGCAGUGGUUUCAUCGACCAUUUAUUGUUGCUUGUUACGUUUCCAACAAAGUACUUUUUGCACUUGUAUCAUGUGCCGGCAUUUAUCAUGUUAUGAGAGGAACGAAAUCAAAAUCAUUUGUCAUAGAUGCAUUUCUGGCCUUCUCAGCAGUUCAGACUUUUCAAACAAUAGUAAAGAAGUCAUAUGGACAAAAGAAGAUGAUUACAUGUACAUUUGGGCUGCGUGCCAUUGCAGCAAUGUGGGUAAUCAUCGGACAUACUUCUAUGUUAAUUCAG